GCGGCGAACGGGCGGCGGGUACACGAGCAAGUGCGCUCCUCACAGCUCAUUCAGGCGGCGGUUCAGGAUCUGGUGGUGCUCUUUCCGCCCAUCAGUAAAUGUCACCUAACAGUUGGUGCGGCGCUCACUUCCCUCAUGGCCAAUUCUCAGAAGCUGCGUCUCCACUGCGAGGCUUCCGCCGUAGCUGCGGGUACCGAGUCUCCUGGUAGCGCCGCCAGCGGUACUAAUAGCAGUCAACUAAUCACCUUUGCGCAUGAGAUCGCCAGUGCCGCCAAAACCAUUCUCAACUUUUUCCAAGCAGAACGCCACUGA